ACGGCGUCCCCGCCGCCCAGGCCGGCCCCAAGACCACGUGCGCGCUCAAGCAAGGGCUCAUUUGGGAGCUCAUGCCCAUGCUGUGGCUGCUGCGCUUCAUGCUCAUGCUCCCCAUCUCCAUCGCGGAGGACGGGAAAAUCCGAUUCCGCUGGUGGUCCCUGCCCGUGGCGGUCACCUUCCUGGCGUGGCUGGUGAUUGCCGUGCUGGGCGUCUUCUCCGUCCACGUCCACCUGGACCCCAUCCGCGGCGACAACAAGCACUUCCACGUGUGGGAUUUGGUGCCGCAGUACUGCGGCGCCUUCAACACGUGCUACAUCUUCUGCCUGCCCUAUACCUCCUGGGCGGCCACGAGCAAGGCCAUCUCCAUGCUCGACCAGUGGCAGCGCGUCGAGGACCUGGUGUCCGUGCUGCGGGGCAGCAUGCCCGUCCCGGGGCUGCGUCGCCGCGUCUGGUUCUACUCCUUCCUGUCCAUCUCCAUGCCCGUGAGCAUGUUCCUGCUGACGCUAAACCAGAAGUACGCGUCAGACGAGCCCUGGAUGGCGCCCAUCACGAUCCACCUGUUCGGGUACAGCAUGCUCGCAGCCUGCUUCUGGAACCUCAGCUGCCGAGGCCUGGCCGCCGUGGCGAGGCAGCAGGCCUCCUUCCUGGUGGAGGACUUCCAGCGGCUGGGGGUCCAGGCUCUGCACAACCACCGCUCGGUCUGGCUGGGCAUGGUCCGGGUGCUGGACCUGCUGAGCUGCUGCUGGGGCCGCGUCCACUCCAUGCUCUUGCUGAUGUCCUUCGUGUCCUUCGUGUCCGUCUGCUUCUUGCUCAUCUGCCUGCUGGUGGAGAAGGACUUCGACCGCCGCUUCUUCUGGCUCAUGGCCGUCGUGUGCUACUGCUUCAGCAUCACCGCCAGCGUCUGCAACUCGGCGCACAUCGCCACGGACGCGAUGCGCAGGCCCACCAUGAAGCAGCUGCUGCAGCUGUCGCUGACCCACAGGGACAAGGCUACGUUGACGGAGAUUUGGCGAUUUUUGUAUGACAUAAAUAUUUCAUCCCCCAAAGUGACAAUCACGGGACUGGCUAUCCUCUCUCGCACGAGCAUUAUCUCGUUCUUUACCCUGGCGAACACGUACAUUUUCGUGGUGUCCCAGUUCGCCAUCUCCGUGGAAAACACAGAAUCCAACUUCAGCGAGGACCCCUUCCUGCUGGACGAUUAUUAAAGGGAUUGAAGGAAGAAGGACCUCGUCUUGUCGUA